AUGGAGGAGUGGGAGUAUUUAGAAGGACACAAGGACCUCUACAAGGACGUCAUGAUGGACAAUCAGCCGCCCCUCACAUCACCGGGGGAUGGUGGCGGGGUUCAGGCGGAGAAGAAGUUUUCCUGCUCUGAAAGUUUUAGCUCUGAAUUUGGUCUUUCUGUAUAUCAGAGAUCUCGCAUGAAGGAAAAACCGUAUUCCUGCCCUGAGUGCGGGAAAUGUUUUCCAUGGAAAUCAGAACUGGUCAGACAUCAGAAAUCUCACACAGGGGAGAAGCCAUACUCCUGCCCUGAGUGCGGGAAAUGUUUUCCAUGGAAAUCAGAAGUUGCCAGACAUCAAAAAUCUCACACAGGGGAGAAGCCGUAUUCCUGCCCUGAGUGGAAAUUAGAACUUGUUAAACAUCAAAGAUCUCACACCGGAGAGAAGCCUGUUUCCUGCCCCGAGUGCGGGAAAUGUUUUCCAUCAAAAUCUGAUCUUGUUAGACAUCAGAGAUCUCACACAGGGCAGAAGCCUUUUUCCUGCUCUGAAUGUGGGAAAUGUUUUUCAGGAGAGAAGCCAUUUUCCUGCUCCGAGUGCGGGAAAUGCUUUCUGUCGAAAUCAGAUCUUGCUAGACAUCAGAGAUGUCACACGGGGGAGAAGCCGUUUCCCUGCCCUGAGUGCAGGAAAUGCUUUCUAUCGAAAUCAGAUCUCUCUAAUAAAAGAUCUCACACGGGGGAGAAGCCAUUUUGCUGCCCUAAGUGCGGGAAAUGUUUUUCACAUACGUCCAAUCUUUCCAGGCAUCUGAGAUUGCACAGAGGUGUGAAGGCAUAUUCCUGUGCUGAGUGUGGAAAACGUUUUUCACAAAGGUCGCUUCUUAAGGAACAUCAGAUAUGGCACAUGCGGGAAAAGGUGUUUACCUGUCCUGAGUGCGGGAAAUUUUUUCCACGGAAAUCAGAACUUGUUAGACAUCAAACAUCGCACACAGGCGAGAAGCCGUAUCCCUGCCCUGAGUGCGGGAAAUGUUUUUCCCAGAAGUCCAAUCUUACUAAACAUCAUCUAGUAUUGCACACGGGGGAGAAGCCAUUUUCCUGUCCUGAGUGCGGAAAAUGUUUUUCACGCAAGUGUAAUCUUAACAAUCAUCAGAGAUUGCAUACGGGUGAAAAGCCAUAUUCCUGCCUAGAGUGCGGAAAAUGUUUUUCACGGAAAUCAGAACUUGUUAGACAUCAAAAAUCGCACACAGGCGAGAAGCCGUAUCCCUGCCCUGAGUGCGGGAAAUGUUUUUCCCAGAAGUCCAAUCUUACCAAACAUCUAGUAUUGCACACGGGGGAGAAGCCAUUUUGCUGUCCUGAGUGCGGAAAAUGUUUUUCACGCAAGUGUAAUCUUAACAAUCAUCAGAGAUUGCAUACGGGUGAAAAGCCAUAUUCCUGCCUAAAGUGCGGAAAAUGUUUUUCACGAAAGCCAAGUCUCACUGAACAUCAGAUAUUGCACACAGGCGAGAAGCCGUAUUCCUGCCCAGAGUGCGGAAAAUCUUUUUCUCAAAAGUCCCAUCUCAAUGAACAUCGGGUAUGUCACGCUGUGGAAAAGAUGUUUUCCUGCCCUGAGUGCGGGAAAUGUUAUUCCCGGAAAUCAGGCCUUGCUAAACAUCAGAGAUCUCACACAGGGGAAAAACCGUAUUCCUGCCCUGAGUGCGGGAAAUGUUUUUCCCAGAAGUUCCAUCUCACUAAUCAUCAGAUGCGUCACACGCAGAAAAAAAUGUUUUCGGUCCUGUGUGAGGGAAAUCUUAUCCAUUUAAAUGUAAAAACCUCUUAA